GCUGUGGUCACAUUAAAAACUGCAUCGCCUUUUGUGACAACUGUAGAUCAGUAAAGCCAUCAGCUCCCUCCCUCGCUUAUGUUUCGGGGACUUGUAGUUUUUAGUGUAAAGAAAGCCGGCGCACGGUAGGGGCCUUCGUGAGAGUAAAACUACAGUUCCCUCAGAGCUACUCGGAGGUGUUAGUUGUCAAUAUGGCUGUUGUCAGACAGACAAAGCAGAGAGGCAAAUAAUUCGCCUCUGAUUAGAAAUCCUUGGUAAGGGGUCGGACGGGGCACUGUAAUCAUAUUGCGUUAUUGUUCGGCUGCAGUAAAAAGACACAACGGGUCUUUGCUCAAGUUCUAAAGUUAAAUGGUUAAGUGGACGAUUUGAACCGAGCAGCAGGAUGUCUGAGUUCAGCGAGGAGCCGCGCUUCACCAUCGAGCAGAUAGAUCUGCUGCAGCGGCUGCGUCGCACCGGCAUGAACAAGCAGGAGAUCCUGCACGCGCUCAACACUCUGGACCGGCUGGACCGGGAGCACGGCGACAAGUUUGGCCGCCGCACCUCUUCUUCCUCCUCCUCCUCCUCGUCCUGCUACGGAGUGGGCGGGGCCAACAACACCUCUGCCUCCAACACUACUACAUCGUUCAACAAUAACAACACUGCCUCGGCAACCGCCACCUCUUCGGCGACGUGCAACGGCGGCGAGAGCGCCGCCGCCGGAGGCGAUCACUCCACCGCCACCGCUGCCGCCGCCUCCUCGUCCACCGCCUCCAAAAUCUCCACCGCCACGCAGACGCAGUUCGGCAGCGCGGGGGCGCUCUCGCCGUCGCCCAGCAACAGCUACGAUACCUCCCCGCCCCCGGGCCCGCCGCCGCCUUCCGCCGUCUUGCCCUCGCCGGUCUCGCUGGUGGCUCUGUCGCAGAACGGGCGGGAUAGCCUGGCCGCCACGCCCAACGGGAAGCUGUCCCCUCCCAGGUACCCAGUGAACAGCGCGGCGGCGGCGCGGGCGUUUGGGUUCGAGGCCACAGAGGAGGACCUGGACAUCGACGAUAAGGUGGAGGAGCUGAUGAGGAGGGACGGCAGCAUGGUGAAAGAGGAGAUCAAAGCAUUCCUGGGGAACAGGAGGAUCUCUCAGGCAGUGGUGGCACAAGUUACCGGCAUCAGCCAGAGCAGGAUCUCCCAUUGGCUACUACAGCACGGCUCCGACCUGAGUGAGCAGAAGAAGAGGGCCUUCUACCGCUGGUACACGCUGGAGAAAACCACGCCAGGUGCCACUCUAAACAUGCGGCCAGCUCCGUUACCUCUGGAGGAAAUGGAGUGGAGGCAAACCCCACCCCCCAUCACCACUGCCCCCGGAACCUUCCGGCUGCGUCGAGGAAGUCGCUUCACCUGGAGAAAAGAGUGCCUGGCUGUGAUGGAGAGCUACUUCAACGACAACCAGUACCCAGAUGAGGCCAAACGGGAGGAGAUAGCAAACGCCUGCAAUGCUGUUAUUCAGAAGCCAGGAAAAAAGCUGUCUGAUCUGGAGAGGGUUACCUCACUGAAAGUUUACAACUGGUUCGCCAACCGUCGCAAAGAGAUCAAGAGACGGGCCAACAUUGAAGCCACAAUCCUGGAGAGUCAUGGGAUAGACGUCCAGAGUCCAGGGGGGCACUCUAACAGCGACGACAUCGAUGGGAACGACUUCUCAGAGCAGGCAUGUGACCUGCCCUAUUUUGACAAGAGACCUCUCAGCCGACCCUUUGGCCUUUACCGACUGGAGCCCACCUCGCCAACACAGGACGACGGCGCGGCGCACAGCGAGCACCAGGACCCCAUCUCUCUGGCUGUGGAGAUGGCCGCCGUCAACCACACCAUCCUGGCCCUGUCCCGGACCGGGGGGGUGCCCAGCGACAUCAAGACCGAGUCCCUGGAGGACGAAUGAACUGCACAGGAAAACUGGAUGGAGGCAGCGGAAGAGAGAAAUGACCCAGGCGAGAGGGAGGAGGAGGAAAAGGAAGGAGGAGUGAAACGGGGAGCUUUAAAAAAAAAAAAAAAAAAAAAGAGAGACCAAAAUAAUGCUACUUAGUAAACCUUCUGAAUCUGUCCCUCAGCCAGCCCCCUGCCAGCUGUUCUCUCUCUCUCUCUCUCUCUCUCUCUCUCUCUCUCUCUCUCUCUCUCUCUCUCUCUCUCUCUCUCUCUCUCUCUCUCUCUCUCUCUCUCUCUCUCUCUCUCUGCUUCCCCCCUCCACUCCCCUCCUCCCACAAAAUCCGAUAAAACGGUAAUUCCCCCCCACCCCAUCCCACCCAGUCUAUUGACACAGCUGGCGGAAGUGUAUAUACACUAUACGUCCUCUGAUCCCGAUGAAAAUGUUCCACGGAAAACAAGAGAGGGGGGGGGGGCGAUCCAGGCCUUUAACCCCCAAAACAGUGGCCGUUGUCUGGAAUGUGUGUCCCCCAGGAACUCCCCCUCUUUUCCCCUGAAUACACUCUCUCUCCCCCUCUCUCUCUCUCUCUCUCUCCUCACAGGAUACCUCUUCUCUUCCCCCUCCUCCUCCAUCUCCUUCCCUCUCCAGCCUGGUUGUCUGAGCCGAUCUUCAGUCUGUCUCACCUAAGCAACAACCUCAGAAAAAUAAUGUGUACUGUGUAUAUAUAUAUAUAUAUAUAUAUAUAUAUAUAUAUAGUUCUCAGCCACACUCUACCUACCGACGUACCCCUCAAAAAUCCACCCUCUUCAUUGUGCAAUUCAUCGGAAGAGCAGCCUCCAGCCGCCGUCUGGGGAACGAUGGAUGGAAAGAUGGAUGGUGAGAGUUUCCUUUUCAGAAAGGACUGUAACUGUCCAGUCACUGUCCUAUAUCUUCUCUAGUCCUCCUUCCUCAGCGGAGGGGCUUUUUGCUUUCCGACAGUAGAUCUGCCGUUGGAUGAAAACCUCUAAAAAAAAAAAAAAAAGUCAGCUAAAAAGAAGUAGCCUUAAUUUCAUACAGACGACUACACCUUUUACUUAUUGCAGUACACAGCAGGGGGUUUUUUUCCCUCCCCUGACAAGGAACAGCAAGAAACGUUUUAGUAUAUGCAUCGGAAAUGCGAAAGAGUUGUGUCGAGGUUUAUGUCCAACAGCAGCAGUGGUUCUAGUUCAGUUUGAGCCCACCAUGGCGACUGGAUAUCCAAUCAUUUUGCCUUGGGAUUUAGCUUCCCAGUGACACUAUUGUUAAGUACCUGAGGCUAUGAGAAUCAAUUUAGGGUAAAUGUGAUAAUCAAGCAAACUUAAGCUAAUCUAAUAAGGGGGAAUUGUGCUUUUUGUUUUUAAAUGUCAAUGUCAUCAAUGCCAAAGGAAUAGACGCUCGGAGCAACAAGCUAAGCUAAGCUAAGAGGCUAAGCUGAGACUGAUCUAAAAAUGGUGUUCGCCACGUUCAUCCAAAGCGAUUUCUACUAACUCCCUUUGGCGUCCGUAGGUUAUUUCUCCUCUCAGUGAAGCGCCUGGAGCCAGCGUGCCGCUGUACGUUGGGCUCGGCUCUACAGCAGGCCUGUGUCGGUUAAAGAUAGGUAUUAGCAGCCAGACAUAUAACGAUAAAAUACCCCUAAGCUAUUUACUACUUGUUCUGUGACGCUGCCUCUUUAUAAUAAGCCUCAAGAAUGUGCAUUCAGAAGAUUUUUGUUUUGUUUUUUUAAAUAUCAGUGCUAUCAAUUUAGACCAAAUCCACACUGGAAAUGGUUAAGAAUAUCAGAACUUCUGAGACGAUUGUUUGUUUUGUAAUUAUUUCAUCUAUAUAGCCUCAAAGGUAAAAGCACCACUUUGAAGGGAAUCAAAGACAUUGAAAGUGGUGAUAUUUGAAAUAAUUUCUUUCUUUCUUUUUUUUUUGCCCCGGGUGGAACUUUUCCAAAACCAUCUUUGACCGGAGAUGAUCAUGCUGUGUUCCUUUUUAAAGGUGUAGGUUUCUGGGGGGCUCACUCAUUCUCAAGUACUGCUCUUCAAAUUUAGCCUUUUAGAGUGAGAAAGGUAAAAAUAGUAGUGACAUGAGAAGAUGAAUAACACCCUCAAUGUCUGUAUGCUUAAUAUGAAGCUAGAGCCAGGAGACGGUUAGCUGAGCUGAGCUUAGCUUAGUUUAGCUUAGCAUAGCUAGCCUGGCUCUGUCUAAAGGUAAAAUUAGCUUUCUACUCCCACCUCUAAAGCUCACCUAUUAACCCGUUAUAUUUGCUCUUAUUGAAGCCAUACUAAAAAUUUCGUGGUUUUACGUGCAACUUUUACUCAAACUUUUUUUUUUGGUCUGGUACUUCUUGUGCCCUUUAAAAAAAAAAACUACUUUUACAGGAGAUAUAACGUGUUAGUGAGCUUUUGAAGUGCUAGUAGAAAGAUAUUUUCACUUUUAGACGGAGCCAGGCUAGCUGUUUUCUCCUGCUUCCAGUCUCUACGCUAAGCUAGGCUAGGCUAAGGGCCGUUUUGCAGUCGCCGCAGCCGAGCUAGCGCGCGCCAACGUGACGUCAAAGCGACGCAGAUCUCGCUGGCGCGCCAGGAUUCAAUUUUUUUCCAGCGGCGCGCGACAAAGCGGAAACGUGGAAGCAUGGACGAGUUUGAGGGUAGCCGGAUGCCAGGACUCUGAGUGACUGCAAGUCUCUCCUGUAAACUUCCCGGGUUAAGAGGAGUUCUUUUAUGGCGAAUGAAAGGCUUGAUCCGACGAAGUAGGUCAUCGAAUCAAAUCGAAGCAUUGACGUCAACGCGGCUGCCAGUUCUGCCAUUCCUUUCCCUUUUUCUUCAUCUUCCAGUCCGUAGAAAGAGCAACGUCGGUAGCCUCUCCUCAUUAGCGCCACCUCUGUUCAGGAGAAGAACUGCAACUAGCGCCGCGACCACCACGCGCGAGUGUAAAUAGUCACGGCGGCUCCCAUGACGUCACUUUUGCGUGCGACAGGUCGGCUGGCGCCGAGUACACCGCACGUUGCGCGGCCGCCUCCCUGUAGCUUCAUAUUUAGCGUACAGACGUGCCGCUGACAGUGGCGUCACUCUUCUCCUCGGACUCUCAGCGAGGAAGCAAAUGAGCACAUUUCUGUGUGUCAGACUAUUGCUUUAAAGGAACCCCUGCCUGAGGGAUGGUUUUGGAGAACCGGGAACUAUUCCACAAAGCAGGAACUCUUCAUGUACUUCCUCAUGUUUUUAGAUAGUCAAAUACGGACAUGAAUGAUGUUCUACAUAAUCUGGAAUCUGUAUCCUGCUGGUAGAAAGGCUCCCAGCCCCUGGGCUCUAGUCUAGUGAAGCUCUAUUUAAAUCUUUAAGAAAUCGCUCCUGCGAUUCCAGUGACUCCGUACUGGGAACUGUGUUUCAAAAAGAAAGGGUUGAAAGAUAAAAAAAAAAAAA